AUGCAGCACCACAAAUCCAAUGCAGACAGACAUUCUUACUGCAUGAAAUGCGACCUCGACUUCCCGUCUCAGCAGACCCUCCAUCUGCACAAGAUUAUGAGCGAUCGUCACUUCGCUUGUCCUGAAUGUUGCCUAGAGCUCCGCAGUGAGCCUGGUCUGGAAGUUCAUAUGAGAAACAAUCAUCACGAAGGUCGCCAAGUCGCUUGCAUGGGAUGUGGUUCCCAGUACAAGUCCGCCUCUGCAGUUAUCAAACAUAUCGAAGACAAGGAAUGCCCCAUCCUUUCCCUACCAGACAAAACCCGCAAGGGCCCCAACUAUGACCGUGGAACAGCCAGCGUUCUGUCCAUGGGCAGAGAUUCUCCUGGACCACCCUCUGAUGACUCCAGCGAAGACCAGGAUUCAGAUGGGGGCGUUCUGCUGGAUGUCUCUACACCCCGUAUGGAAGGGAAGCGCCCUGUUCGCGAUAGCAAUGAUGCAACUACCUCUCGUGACGACUGGCCCGAGCUAGGUGUUCCAAUGACCUCAGUUCAAGGACAAGCAGAAAGUAUCACCACUGAGUCCACCGGUGGUAUCGUCAUCGACGAUGUAUUCAGCGCCUCAAUGCGUCACGGAGCCACUGAGCAGUUGGGCCAGGCAGGACCCUCUGGAUCUGCUCUGACCAUUCGCAAAGCAGGUGCCUCUGGCUAUGGCCGUCCCUGCCGAGCCUCGGCUCACCACAAGAUUCAAGGCAUGGACCCUGAGAGGUUCUGGAAUGCCGAUAAAGGUCGCUACUACUGCAACUGCGGUGCAUCUUUCUUGUUCCUUGCCACCUUUAAGUAUCAUCUCACGAUGAAAGAUGACGACAUCAACGAAACCUUCGCCGCCCUCGUCGCACACAUGGAGGCUCGAUACUCUAAGUGUGCUUUCCGUGUUACCGCUGGCCAAAUCGAACAGGAACUCAGUGAAGUUACUCGUGGCCUCGCCGAUAUUUCGCCAAUGAUUGGUGACGAAAUGGAGCCGGGGGAGGUCGCUUCCGAUGUGAGUAGCCAGCCUGAGCAUAAUAGUCCCGGACCUUCGCUUGCAGACGUCGCAUCUUUGAGCGCAGACGACGUCUCUUCGAACCCAGAGGCCGUAUCUUCAUACGAAGAUGACUUGUUCCAAGAGGGAGUCUCUUCGCAUGAAGAUGAAGUCUCUUCAAAGGCAGAGGCUGUAUCUUCCAACGGAGAUGUCGCGUCUCCUGUCCCGGGGGACUACUCCUCGCACGUGGAGUCCUUGGCGGAUGAUUUGGAGGGACUUGUCUUUUCCGAUACGCAUGACGAAGAAGUGGUUGAGGAAGAAUAUGAAGAAGAGCUUUGA